CUAUUGGUUUUCUAACUAAAAGAUAAAAAUAAAGGAUAAACAUAAAAUUAUUCUUUGAUUAUUCAUAAUAGUUUAUUAUUAUUUUUGGUUAAAUCUUCGAGUAUACUAUCUCAUCUCUUUAUCGCGAUAUUCAAGGGCCACUUUAAGCCACGUAGGGUAUUUCAACGCGAACUUUGUCGCUCUCUUGUAUUUCGAGUAUCAACGGUCUGUUAUAGAUAGAGGAACUCGCGUGGAAUGUACCGUGUUCGAUUUGUGGACAGCUGCCGCGACCGUUGGGACGCGUGCCCCAAUCGCAACAGCUGCUCCAAUACGAAUGCAUUUCGGUCACAAACAAGCUCUUUAUCGUUCCCUCUUUCUCUCCCUUCCGCGUAUACUAAGAGAGAGAGAGAGAGAGAGAGAGAGAGAGAGAGAGAGAGAGAAAGUCGUUGAAGCGUCAGCGUUAACGGCCGAAAAGUCAGGGAACAAACGGAAAGCGUCGGUAUUUUUUUUCCAUUAUUUCGCUCGAUCUCGAUAGCAAGUAAGAAGAAGGAAAGUAUCUUCUCCAUUUCCUUUUUCAAGUAGUAUCUAGUCGGAAACUCGCCUUUUUUUUUGCAAACUUUCCCGACAUGGCACAUCGUUUAAACUGGUCGAGUGAAAGCGAUGGGAAAAACGAUCGAAAUUGAGAUCAAUUGCGAACGAAAAAGAACUAGCGUAUAAGCGAAAGAUUUUUCGUUUUCGAUCGACGACGACGUUUCUUUUUAAAUCAUACACCGCUAGUGGAGUCGAUCGAUCGUUCUUGCUUUGGUGAGCGUUCUAAGGCGGUGCUAUUUAUCUCGGUUUUACGUAAGAACGAGUUUCGAUGCGACGACGCCUUUAACGAGAUCGUUGUCGCCGAUCGCGAUAAUCGCGAUUCCGCGAUCGAUCAGAAUUUGUUUUUUUGAUGGAAAGUGCAAGCCGUUCUCCUUCGGCUCCGCUCGGUCGAGUUUUCUUUCAUACCGCGUUAUCGAGAAAGUUUCUUUCUCCUUUUUCCUUUUACUCCUCUCGUUCCAUCGCAAAAUCCAGAUAUAAUAACAACAAAGUUGCAUGGAAGUCUUGCGGUCUGUCGAUUUAGGCCAACUUUCUCGGCUAACGUUAAUUACGGGCAAACGAUGGUUAAUCGCUAUCGAUUAUCCAUCUGUUGACUAUGUCAAAAUCCUUAUUAGAAUAACGAUUGUCACGGUAAAUAAAGAAAAAUAUCAAUUUUCGAGAUAAUAUGCAAGAAGCCUAUUGGCGUCAAACAUUGUCGUCCCACGCGUGCCUCGGCACACACAACCGUGCCAUUUCGUCGAACGAAUGAUAGACCUUUCCGAAUGAUUGACCGAGCGGAGAAUCCGCGGAGAAUACGAUGGUCAUCUAUAGUUUGCGUAUUAUUUCUAUAAACGAUGUACGAGCGAAAAGGUCGAGAGUUAAGGUUUACACGUUUAAACGAGCAACAAUAAAGGUUAGCACGAGCUAGUACGAGCUAUCCUCUCCCCGAGGACCAUGGGGAUAUAUUUCCUCUCUGAAAGUUAUCUUUGAUUCUAACGUAAUAUCCACACUAAAGUCGUGCGCAUUUGCGUAACACCUAACGACCGACUAAAUUUUUCUCUCUUUCAGAAGAUUAUCGAUGAUAUAAAGUAAUUGAAAAGGAAAAGAUAUCGUCGGUGAUUCGCAAUAUUUUUAUAUUUCUUCUAUUUUCUAUCGUGAAACUGCACGAAAGUAACGAUCUGUGUGAAGCGAGCUUAACGUAACACUGGAGGAUACGAGUAUAUCUAUCCGUCGGUCUCUGUUGUCCCUUUCACUGCAAGUCGCUCGCGUGGGAGGUACGUAGAGAAGUUUGUAGCAAUUUCAACCGAGACUAGUACUUUACUCCUAUCUCUCAGUUACCAUUCAAACGUCUACCGUGAAAGAUCUCUUUUACGUUACGAUCGGCGAAUUAUCUUGAUAAAUUUCUUCGGCUCGAAUGACCGAUCGUGUCAUAUACGUGAAACGCUUAAAAGAUCUUUAACGAAUUCGCGAGAGAGGGGGAAGGUAGAGAGAGAGAGAGAGAGAGAGAGAGAGAGAGAGUUGAUCGCGCUUGCACCGCGCGCAACGUAACAACGAUAAUAAAAUAUUUUACGGAAUAUCCGUUCUCGAAGGAGAACGACUGUGAAACGGAAGCGACGUCUGAACAAAAAAGACUCGAAGAAUAAUCGCGUCGCUUCACAAUCGGUCGCACUUGCAUAACGUUAAUUAAGGGAAAAGAAUGGAGGCAAGGAGGAUUAAGAAAUUGUUACGCCUCUGUGAGAUCCUCGUCUGAUUGGUUGUCUAAACGAAUAGAAUAUCUUUCUACGUUGCUAGAGAUUGCAAAUUCGCGAUAGAAAGCGAAGAGAGUAUAUUUCUUUUAUCCGCGAUCGAAUUUAAAAGCGUAUCCUUCUGCGUUCAGAAUGAGCCCGAUCGAGCAGGCAAAGACCCUCGGCUCGCUCGAGCUUCGCUUGUGACGCGCGUCAUGUGCGGAGUGCAUAAUCGACCCAACCAAGACGCAUCUGACGCAUUCAAAGGCGAAAAACAAUGGAAAACGUUUACGUGAUAAAAGUGAAGACGAAGCCGGCUCUCUCGUCGUUGUACCCGUCGGAACGACGUUAUUCGGCUUCGACCGUCGGUGGCCUUGCCCUGGUACAUUUUGGCUUAGGCGCCCUUUCCCUACUUCUAGGCACCCUGGCGCUCUCCGUUCAGGGAGCGAUAUUAUCGAUAGCCUGUUUGGUACCGUUCGUCGCGGGACUCUUAGCCUGGAGAAGGUGGUACAUCGAUCGAAAUAUAACCAUUUUCUUUUCUGCAAAUCUCUUCUCGUUGCUGGCGGCCAUCCUUUGCCUCGUCGUGACCAUCCUCGAUAUCGCUGCUGUUGCAGAGACCAAUAAUGGAUCUCUCUGGCCUAUGGAAAAGAUUCUUCGUAGUUCGAGCGAUCCUUUCGUUAUCGAUAAUAAUAACAACGUCACCGCUCUCGUCGAGGAGACCACGAUGAAAGUAGAGAAAUACGUUAACGAAAGCGACAGGGGACUUGCCUACGACGAUCUCAAGGGAGAAAGUUCUAUAUUGUACGAAAGAACCAUGCCAAUCUCGGGUAACGAACUGGAAAAGGAAUCGGAAAAUAAGAGCAAAGAAGUACCCCUUGACAGAGACAAAGUUUUAUCCUUUUGGCGAAAAGAUCGGAUCGGCGAAUCCUCGCAGACGGAAACGCUACUUAAGGUGAACGUACUCGUUGCUUCUCUUUUGGAAGUAUUUUGGUCCCUUCUCAGUGCGAAGAUAGCUCUACGUGGUAUGAUGAAUCGAUUUCCGGACAUCGAUUACGGUAACAACAACGUCGUUAACGACAACGAUUCGAAGAGGGUCGCUUCUGCAGGACACAAGAGAAAGCAUCCACCACCACCGAGACCGGAUAUAUUGGAUCACGAUCAUGGAUUAUCCGAUAGCGCGUUAAAUAUCAAUUCUAUGAGCUCCGUUCAAAGCGCUGCACCGAAUCCUGCACUUCCCUUACCCGAAUCUAGCAGAGAGUUUCGUGAAAGGGUCGAAAGAUUCUUAGCGAAUCAAGCAGCUCUCAGAAUCGUCGAGGGAUCUUGUACGUAAUUAAUACGAAGAGGAAGAUGCAAAAGAGACUUGAUUCGUUCACCGCGAUCUCAAAGUAUUACGAUUAUUCUCCUUAAAAUAUAAGUAGAUAGGUUGUUAUAACAGGGUAUACACCAUAUAUACGAUACAUAUACAAUAUAUGUAUAUAUCGUUAUCGUAAGGAUAAAUCGGCUAAUUACUUGUCCCCGAAGUAGACGACUAAAAAUAUUCUCUAAGCUAGUUAUACUUACGUAAUCGGUGUCUGGUAACGGAACGAAGUAAAGCCGCCGCCGCCGCCGCCGCCGCCGCCGCCGCCGCCGCCGCCG